CUCUCCAAAUCUUCACAAUCUUGUAUUUUGAUUAAUUUCUGCUGCUUAAAUAUUCUUUGAUCCAUUCACAAAAAUGGCCACAAUUACAACUACAAACUUGGCGGCAUUGCUUCCUCCUGCAACUAAGGCCUUAAAAACGGCUGUUCAUUCAUCAUCCGUCUAUGGGCUGCCACUGCAAGCAAGGGCAAAAAAGGGACGUGUGAGGUGCGCUUUAGAGGAGAAGACAAGUGCUGCCUGCAAUGCCGCCAUGAGCUCAAAAACAAGCAUGGCUGCAUCAUUGAUGGCAACGGCGGCAGCAGCCGUGAGCACCGUCACAGGCCCAGCCAUUGCGUUGGUGGAUGAAAGAAUGAGCACCGAAGGAACUGGCCUUCCUUUUGGACUAAGUAACAACAGUCUAGGGUGGAUCCUUCUUGGUGUUUUAGGGUUGAUUUGGUCUCUCUAUUUUUUAUACACCACUGGCCUUGAUGAGGACGAGGAUUCUGGAUUGUCCCUUUAAAAUAAUGCUAAAUUCCCUUAUUUAUUUAUUUAUCAGUUGUUCCAUAAUGCAAGUUAUGAGCAUUGGGAUGUUAAUAUCAGUAAACAAUGAACACUUUUUGUUAUUCAAGAAAUCACUUUUAUUAUUAUUCU